GGCUUUGACUUUCUUUUUCCCUCAGUUGAAAACCAAAGAGAAUUUCCAAUCGGCCAUGUGCCAGAGGUGCCUUGGACUCCUGCAGAACCUUUGAGCGACAGUCAGGAGAAUGUCGUUUGUGACCAUCCAGCUUACUCUCGGUGCUCUGCUCAUGAAUGGGGUUGCAACUGCACCAUUUUUAGCUGAUGAAGAAGCCAACCACUUCAUUCGAAACAAAAGGCAAACUGAUACAAUGCAAGGAUACUGGGACCCAAACAGUGCAAAUAAUGUGUGGGGAGUCACUCAAGCAGAACAGGCAAGUGAAUAUUGGACCUCCUUGAGAGACACAGCACAAUACUAUAUUGGUUUGAGUUCAAUUGGCUUUGCAUCGGAUCCAUCUGUUGUACAGGAGCAUAUCAGGAGCUACAUGGAUUACCUGCGACAGACAAGCGUUUAUCUUCAACAGCAACCCACAUACAAAUGAUUCCAAAGAAUUGAUGGAUAAAAAUGACUUCAAACAAUUCUAAUCUUGUGAUUAAUUCAGAGCAGAUAGUAAAGGCCCAGAAAUCAUGUCAUUGCCAAUCAGUCUGCCCUGACAGCAUGGGAAUGCCUCUCUGCUUGCAACAAAGCACAAUGUAACCACAGCUCAAUGAGCUCUAACUGUGCCAAGAUUUAUCCAGAGUAGGGGCCAUACA